AUGGCUGCACCUGCAACCCAAUCCCUCAAGUGCGUCGUCACAGGCGACGGUGCUGUUGGCAAAACAUGUCUUCUCAUCUCGUACACGACCAACGCCUUCCCCGGCGAGUACAUUCCUACAGUUUUUGAUAAUUACUCUGCAAAUGUCAUGGUGGAUGGAAAGCCAAUAAGCUUGGGACUGUGGGAUACCGCCGGACAGGAGGAUUACGACAGGCUGCGGCCGCUCUCCUACCCUCAGACCGACGUCUUCCUCAUCUGCUUCUCCAUCGUCAGCCCUCCCUCAUUCGACAACGUAAAGGCAAAGUGGUACCCCGAAAUUGACCAUCACGCGCCUGGCGUACCAAUCAUCCUCGUCGGCACAAAGCUUGAUUUGCGGGACGACGAGGCCACAAAGGAGUCGCUAAGGCAGAAGAAGAUGGCGCCCAUCCAAUAUGAGCAGGCCGUCAUGGUCGCAAAGGAAAUCAAGGCGCAAAAGUACCUGGAAUGCUCUGCGCUCACACAGCGCAACCUCAAGAGUGUUUUUGACGAGGCGAUCCGUGCCGUCCUCAGUCCCCGUGCCCCACCGUCGGCGGCAAAGAACAAGAAGAAGUGCACCAUUCUAUAA